AUGUCUUGCCGAACGCGUGCGGUUUCUCUGAUGAUGGCAAUGGUGGUGUUUUUCUUCUUUGUGAGCACCAUUGCCUUGAGGCCAUCUUCAUCGUCGUAUGAAAUGGUAAUGGCCACUCAUCUUCCAUUCAAGAAUAUUCAAGGACCUCCCAGUGAAUUUCCACUUCAUCAAUAUCCAGAGCCAAGUGUCGGAGCCACGCAAAGUGAUUAUCAUUUGAUGGCUCAUCAAUUUACAAAGAAGUCUAGUAGUGAAUUCAAUAAUAUUAUUGGAGAAGGAGAUUUGUAUGAAUUUAAUGGAAAAGUUGCUGUGGACUCAUCCGCACAAGUGGAUAUUUCAGUGUUGGCUUUGCAAGUUUCUGAGAUGGAUAUUACAAUUUAUGAUCAAUAUGGAAAUGAUAUUACCAGCAAGGCUUUGGAUGUUGUGAUGGAUCGUUCGUUUGGAGCUUUUUCAAACAAUGAGCAAAAUUUACUUCCAUCAAAGACCUUUAGAUUUGAUGCCAACUCAAUCGCUUCCAUUCGCAAACUACAACAACAAAGAAUGCUCGCAACUUCACAAGAUGUUAUUUUUGAUGAGUGGACAGUCAACGUGAAAUUCCAAGAGACAUCCACCAAGAAAUUGAAAACUAUUUCUCGUAUCAGCAAGCUUACUGGAAAACCAGUCUCAGCUCACUUGCAUAUUUUGACUUAUAAUCAAUCUCCAUUGCGUGCCUACUCUCAAUUGCAAUCCUAUGACAAUCAACAUGUUGGAGAUGGGGUUGUAGUGGAGGCCUUCAUGUUUGAUCAUGACAAGACACCACUCGAUAGUGUCGGCAAGAGACCAUCUCCACUCAAGGUCAAUAUUAAUAAGGGAGAGGAAAUUCGAUCUGCCAAAUUGGAAGUUAUCUCACCUACUGGCAAGUUUAUUACUAUUGACAUGAGUGAUAGUGGUGAUCUUGUUGGAGCUGGUGACAAGGUGGCAUCCGAUGGUAUUUAUAGUGCCAAGCUUACAGCUCAAGAACCUGGUGAUUACAGUGUGAGUGUUGUUGUGAAGGGUGUCAUUACUAGCACAAGCAUGACCAACAAGGCCAGUAUGAUGGCUGAUGUGAUUGAGUUUGAGAGAACCACUCAUCAUGUUGUUUCCAUUGUCAAAAAGUCACUCGAGCUCACCCAAGGAGCCUCGUUGACGUUCCCGAUCAGCAGUCAAGUUGCCGAUACUGAAAUGAUGACUGUUAAACUUAUUGCCAAGCCACUCGAUGCCGAAGCUGAGGGCAAGCAAUUCAAGGCCUAUGCUGAAGUGUAUGCAUCAUCCUCUUCAUCCUCUUUGGAACCUAUUGGAUUCAUUUCGGGUAUGACUAUUGCUGAGAAGUGUGAUGGCAAUGAAUGUCCUCAUGGAAUGAUUGCUCUCCCACUGCAAAUGAGUGUGAAAUGGAUUGCCAAGGCUCAACAAAGCUCAAAGAGUAAUCUUCAAAUGCCAUUCAUUUUGAAGAAUGUGAAUGUUCAAGACGUGGCUUCUUCAAACAUUAUCAGCAAAAUUGAACAAACCAUUUCUGAAUUGACAUUCUCUCAUAUUUCACAUGGUAGUGACAAGGUACACAAUGUCAAAGUGGAUGCUGUGAAUAAUCUCUUAUCGAUUCAUCCAAUUAUCAAGUCCUUCGAUGGUGUCAUUACUGAAACCAUGUUGUUUGGUCCAAGACCAGUCGAAUUGGCCAAGGUGAAUGCCAAAUCAUCUACUCAUAAGGUCAUUCUUGUUCAUGGUUACUGCAGCGGUGACAACCCAUUCCCAGCUUCAGAAUUUAACAAUGCAGUCGUCUUUGAAGAUUUGAAUGCCAAUAGAAACAAUGAUCAGUUCGCAAAAUUGAUUGCCGAAGUCGGCAGCAAUUACGAUUCAUUCUCAAUGGUUGGUCACAGUCAAGGUGGAAUGGCCUCUCUCCACUUAGUUGCAUUUUACUGGACUAAGGCUGAUGUUGCCAAUAAUAAGGAAAGAAGAGUAAUUCAGUCUGUUGGUACACCAUACAGAGGAUCUGGUUUAGCUGGAUGUGUCGCUGGUAUUGGUAAUGUCGUUGGUAUCGGAUGUGGAUCUCAAAGUGAUUUGACCUACGACGGAGCUUCAAAAUGGUUAAGUUCAAUUCCACUUGCAGCUCGUCAAAAAGUGUGGUACUCCUACACUGUUUACAAAUCAUAUUCAUGGUGUUCACUGCCAGCAAAUGCUGUGCUUAAAUGGCCAAAUGAUGGUACUAGUGAAAAAGCUCGUGCCACUGUCGAAGGUGCCAAUCUUCAAGACACAAAAGUUGCAUGGUGUCAUACUGAGUCCAUGAAAUAUAAAAGUCAAUGCUUAGAUACAGAGAGAAACACUCUCAUGAACAAAUUUGCCCAAUAA